GUUCGGGGCUGGCGAAGCGAUUUCCCAGCGGUGGGCUUGGGGGUAUUUUGAGGGGAGCCCUCAAGAGCCGCCCAAGCCCCCUUUGCAGCCGAAAGAGGAGCCCCGAGGCACCUUCAAAACCGGCAUGUUUGAAAAACUCGCGGAACUUCUUCCAGGGCAUUGGGAGGAGCCCGUCCUCAGUUCCUGGCAGGAAAGAAGCCUCUUCGCACGACGGCCCCGGGUCGCCUCAGCCUUCUCGCGGCGAGACCUGCCGUUCCCUCUCCAGACGUGCUUUGGGAACUCCAUCUUCGGAACUCUCCGUAAUGGGGGGGGGGGGGACCGCCCCUAUUUCUACCCCUUCUGCAGACGGAACGGUCACAAACUUCGGGGAGCUCCGAACACGGGAUCCUCAGCGCACGUCUGGACGGUCUGUGAAGCCCGACAAGUUUGGCAAUGAGCCUGAGGGAUUCCAGAGGUUCCCUGGUGAAAGCCGGGCUGGUGGGCCUGGUGGUGGGGGCUGGGGUCUGUUACUGGGUUUACAGAGCGACCUCCGGGAGGAGAAAAAACGGAGGCGGAGGAGGGAGGCAAGGGAAAGAAAGCGUCGGGAAAGACCACGGGGAGAUCCCGGGGUCCACCUCUUGGGAAGAAAGCCAGGUGGCUCCUCCAGAACAAGGCUCCUUGCAACCUACCUCGGGUGUUGAGUUGUUUUCUGGCACGGGGCAGAAGGAUGCCAGCCACCUCCAGCAAGCAGGUGUCAAUCUUCCAAAAUCUCCUGAUGGUUUAGAGGCAAACCACAUACAGGGUCUUAUUUAUUUGCUUGAGUCUGUGGAAGAUCCCAUAAUUCAGGAACGAGCCUUGAUAGCGUUGAGCAACAGUGCUGCUUUCUCUGCCAAUCAGGAUAUAAUUCGAAAUGUAGGUGGCCUUUCUGUUAUCGGAAACAUGCUUUCAGUUCCAACUGCUAGUGUUAAAGAAAAAGCACUGAAUGCUCUUAAUAACUUGAGUAUGAAUCUUAAAAAUCAAGAAGAGCUAAAGAGAUAUAUUACCAAAAUCUGUGAGGAAGCUGACUCCUCCCCCUUAAACUCUGAGCUGCAGCUGUCUGGUCUUCGGUUUUUAACCAAUAUGUCUGUUACGAAUUACUAUCAUUACAUGAUGACUAGCUACAUCCCAUGCUUUCUCCGUUUGCUUUCGGGUGGUGAUGAACGAACACAGACCCAGAUUCUAAAAGUGCUUGUGAAUUUAUCAGCAAAUCCAGCUAUGGCAGAACAUCUUCUCAAUGCUCCGGCACCUUUCCUAUUAUCCAUGUUUGAUAGCUGCAUAAACAAGGAAGUCCUACUCAGAGUUUUGGUGUUUGCCACAAACUUGACACAGCAUAUGAAAAAAGAAGAGCGUACUCUUGCCCCACAUCACAGUGAAGAAUCAAUUUUUUCCAUGCUUUGGGGGAAUUCAACUCAGUUUGCCCAAAAACUGGUGUAUCUGUUGCACCAUCAUGACAAAGACGUUAAAGAACAAGUUGCUAAACUAAUAAUGCAGCGGUAGUUUAAUCAGAUUGAAAUGUUAAAAUCCGUAUUUAAUAUGUGUAUGUGAAUUGUGUAUGGGGAAAGUAUGAGUUCCAUUUUACUGCUUAAUACAAACUCUUUUGAGGGUGGGAGCUCCAGUACACACAUGGACUCUGCGUUCUCUGAGCCUGAGACUAACUAAACAUUUGGCCCCAUGAUAUAUCUCCAGUGAUGUGAAGUUCAUUCAGGUCGGCAGAAACUCCAGGUGGGGUAAGGGUAGUUCUUUCCAGUGAAAUGAGUAGGGAAGGUAUUACACAGGAACUCUUGUCUGCCCAGCUGUGCUUGAGUGUAGCAAUCUGAUAGACUGGAAUUUUCACUGUAACCUUGAAGGAAGUUGACUGUACUGCUGCCAGAAUGUUAGGUACCUAUCAUAAUUGGUUGCUGUGCUCACUCCAAGCACUUUUUUAUUGGUGCAACUAAAUUUAAGAUUUGGCUACUUUAUUUAGGCCCCCAAAGGCCUCAUUGAAAUUUGAUGUUGGUGAGAAGAAUUUACCCAUGCAAUAUUGCAGACGCUCAGCAUCUCAUUUAAGUUGGGCUGUUGUGCAAAAUGUUACAGGUAUGAUACCCACCUAGGUUAUUGAUUUCUGAUAUGCUUCUGUAGCAGUUGACAGCCAAGUUUCAAUGAAUUUUCUGGAUAUUCAUGUACUGGAUAACAAAGUUUCUACCGUGUAAAGAAAACGUGCGUGGUGUUUAGAAUUUAGAACAGCGGAGCUAUUGUACUGGUUAAAUUGUGGAAUGUCUAGUGAGACUUUUCUGCAGUGGCAAUACAGAACUGUGAAACCACAAAGCAGCAUCAGGUAUCACUUGGAGAGGCAGAGAGAGAACGGUCCACCUGCAAGGAGGAGUUCUUCAUGCUGUCCAGAGUGCCGCUCGGAGAAGGGGUGCCUUAGACCGCUGGGGAAUACUUUGAACACUGUUCCUCAGCAAGUCCCCAGAAGACUUGGGUUUCUGUGAUGCUUCUUGGAACCUGCGUCUAUUUUAAAAUCACCCACUGAUCUCCCUAAGAGCAAAGUCUAGCCCUCCUGUAUCAGAACCUAGUGCUCUCUCUCUGUGGGGCUGGCCUACUGCUUUCUUUUCAUGAGGGAAGAGAAACAAUAGUUGAGGAUGGCCUAAAAGACAGGCUAUUCUCUUUUUUAAAAUGGUGAUACGGUACCUGGUAGUCCUGAGUACAUCUAAAGCAAAGUCAGAGGAGUGGGAUUGUGUUGGGGCCUGCAUAUCCCCACAGUAUUCCCUCCCCACUCCUUUUGCUUAUUCAUGGUUACAGUAAGUUGGAAGGAAAUAUCUUUAAAAUUAUUUUUUCUUGGGAGAGCCACAAAUUAUGCACCUCUGAGGGGUCAUAACAUUGGGGGGGG